AACUGAAUGUCAUCAUGUCUGGAAUCAAGCGAACAAUCAAAGAAACCGAUCCUGAUUACGAGGAUGUAUCUGUGGCCCUUCCAAAUAAGCGGCAUAAAGCAAUUGAGAAUUCAGCUCGAGAUGCUGCUGUGCAGAAGAUUGAGACUAUUAUCAAGGAACAAUUUGCUCUUGAAAUGAAGAAUAAGGAACAUGAAAUUGAAGUCAUUGACCAGCGACUAAUUGAAGCAAGAAGGAUGAUGGAUAAACUUCGUGCCUGCAUCGUAGCAAACUACUAUGCUUCUGCGGGUCUUCUAAAAGUUUCUGAGGGAUCAAAGACAUGUGAUACAAUGGUUUUUAAUCAUCCUGCUAUCAAGAAAUUUUUGGAAUCACCAUCCAGGUCCUCAUCACCUGCCAAUCAAAGAUCAGAAACACCAUCAGCCAAUCAUUCAGAAAGUGAUUCUUUAUCUCAGCAUAAUGACUUCUUAUCUGACAAAGAUAAUAACAGCAAUAUGGAUAUAGAGGAAAGACUCUCAAACAACAUGGAGCAGAGACCAAGCCGAAAUACCACAAGGGAUACUUCUGGUGUAACUGGCUCCCAUAAAACAGAGCAGCGUACUGCUGAUCUCACAGGAGAUGAGACUUCACGACUUUUUGUAAAGAAAACAAUAGUAGUGGGCAAUGUUUCUAAGUAUAUACCUCCUGAUAAAAGAGAAGAAAAUGACCAGUCAACUCAUAAGUGGAUGGUAUAUGUCCGAGGGUCUCGUAGAGAACCCAGCAUUAAUCAUUUUGUUAAGAAAGUUUGGUUCUUUCUUCAUCCCAGCUAUAAACCAAAUGACCUUGUGGAAGUUAGAGAGCCUCCUUUUCAUCUGACCAGAAGAGGCUGGGGUGAGUUUCCUGUCAGAGUUCAAGUUCACUUUAAGGACAGCCAGAACAAGCGGAUAGAUAUCAUACAUAAUCUGAAGCUGGAUAGAACUUAUACUGGCUUGCAGACUCUGGGAGCUGAAACGGUAGUGGAUGUUGAACUCCAUCGCCAUUCUCUUGGAGAAGACUACAUUUAUCCUCAGUCCUCCGAGUCAGACAUCUCUGAUGCCCCUCCAUCUUUGCCUUUGACCAUUCCAGCUCCAGUGAAAGCUUCUUCACCAAUAAAGCAGUCACAUGAGCCAGUACCUGAUGCCUCCGUGGAGAAAGCAGGAUUUCCAGCUAACACUGAAGCUGAGAGACACACCACAUUUUAUUCUUUGCCAUCUUCAUUGGAAAGAACACCCACCAAAAUGACAACAUCCCAGAAGGUUACCUUUUGUUCUCAUGGCAAUUCAGCUUUCCAGCCAAUAGCAUCAAGCUGCAAAAUUGUGCCACAAAGUCAGAUUCCCAAUCCUGAGUCACCUGGAAAAUCCUUCCAGCCCAUCACAAUGAGUUGCAAGAUUGUGUCAGGUUCCCCAAUAUCAACUCCAAGCCCAUCACCAUUGCCUCGAACCCCAACUUCCACUCCAGUCCAUGUGAAGCAAGGCACUGCCAGCGCCGUUAUUAAUAAUCCUUAUGUUAUCAUGGACAAGCCUGGGCAGGUUAUUGGAGCCACCACUCCCAGUACAGGAAGUCCUACAAACAAGAUCUCUACGGCUUCUCAGGUCUCUCAAGGAACAGGUUCCCCCAUUCCUAAAAUUCAUGGAAGUAGUUUUGUAACAUCUACUGUCAAGCAGGAGGAUUCUUUGUUUGCAUCUAUGCCACCUCUUUGCCCAAUUGGGAGUCACCCUAAAGUUCAAAGCCCCAAACCUAUAACUGGAGGACUUGGAGCUUUCACAAAAGUGAUCAUCAAACAGGAGCCUGGUGAAGCCCCUCAUGUGCCCACAACAGGAACUGCCAGCCAGUCACCACUCCCACAGUACUUGACUGUGAAAGGGGGUCACAUGAUAGCCGUGUCCCCUCAAAAACAGGUCAUAACUGCUGGAGAAGGGACUACCCAGUCACCAAAGAUUCAGCCUUCCAAGGUUGUCGGGGUGCCCGUUGGAUCUGCACUACCUUCAGCAGUGAAGCAGGCUGUGGCAAUCAGCGGUGGCCAGAUCCUGGUAGCCAAGGCCAGCUCCUCUGUCACGAAAGCAGUUGGUCCAAAACAAGUUGUGACUCAAGGAGUUGCCAAAGCAAUUGUGAGUGGAGGUGGAGGAACCAUUGUUGCUCAGCCAGUGCAGGCCUUAACGAAGGCCCAGGUCACCGCUGCUGGUCCUCAGAAGAGUGGAUCCCAGGGUUCAGUCAUGGCAACCUUGCAGCUGCCAGCCACUAACUUGGCCAACUUAGCAAAUUUGCCCCCUGGUACUAAACUCUACCUUACCACGAACAGCAAGAACCCUUCUGGAAAAGGAAAGCUGCUGCUCAUCCCUCAAGGAGCCAUCCUGCGAGCUACCAACAAUGCUAGUCUCCAGUCUGGCUCAGCUGCUGGCGGCAGUAGCGGUGCAGGAGGAGGGGGAACUGGAGGCAGUGGCAGUGGUGGUGGAGGAGGAACACCAGGAGGUGGAGGAACAACUGGAGGAGGAAGCCAAAAUACCACCGGCCAGGCCGGGCUAUCCCAGCACCUGACUUACACAUCUUACAUCCUUAAGCAGACUCCCCAGGGCACAUUUUUAGUUGGCCAGCCAUCACCCCAGACUUCUGGAAAACAGCUGACUGCUGGGUCGGUGGUCCAGGGAACACUGGGAGUCAGCACAGCUUCUGCACAGGGGCAACAGACGCUGAAAGUCAUCUCUGGACAGAAAACCACUUUGUUUACACAGGCAGCCCAUGGGGGACAGGCAUCUCUAAUGAAAAUAUCUGAUAGCACCUUGAAGUCUGUGCCAGGCACCUCACAACUCUCAAAGCCUGGAACCACAAUGCUGAGAGUAGCAGGAGGGGUUAUCACAACUGCCACUUCCCCAGCUAUGGCCCUCUCAGCAAAUGGUCCUGCACAACAGUCCGAAGGAAUAGCUCCCAGUUCAUCAACUACUGUCAGUUCUGUAAUGAAAACUUCUGGGCAGCAGCAAGUGUGUAUGGGCCAGGCCACCAUGGGAACCUGCAAAGCGGCCACCCCCACUGUCGUCAGUGCCACGUCCCUGGUGUCUGCACCAAACCCCAUCUCUGGGAAAGCCACAGUAUCAGGAUUAUUGAAGAUUCACUCCAGUCAGUCCAAUCCCCAGCAGGCAGUCCUGACAAUUCCCAGCCAGCUCAAACCACUCAGUGUAAAUACCUCUGGAGGUGUGCAGACCAUAUUGAUGCCUGUGAACAAAGUGGUUCAGUCAUUUUCUGCCAGCAAGCCACCUACCAUUCUGCCUAUAGCCACCCCAACUCCAGUUGUCUCCAGCUCUGCUCCAGCAGCUGUUGCAAAAGUGAAGACUGAACCAGAAACACCUGGGCCGAGCUGCAUCUCUCAGGAGGGCCAGACAGCAGUGAAAACAGAAGAAAGUUCUGAGCUGGGAAACUAUGUUAUUAAGAUAGACCACUUGGAGACUAUCCAACAACUCUUAACAGCAAUAGUAAAGAAGAUUCCAUUAAUCACUGCAAAAAGUGAAGAUGCCAGCUGCUUUUCUGCAAAGUCUGUUGAGCAGUAUUAUGGCUGGAACAUUGGAAAAAGACGAGCUGCUGAGUGGCAAAGAGCAAUGACAAUGCGAAAAGUCUUACAAGAAAUUCUGGAGAAGAACUCAAGAUUUCACCACCUGACUCCCCUCAAAACCAAGCACAUUGCACACUGGUGUCGCUGUCAUGGCUAUACCCCACCAGAUCCAGAGAGCCUGCGUAAUGACGGGGACUCAAUUGAGGACGUGCUGACCCAGAUUGACAGCGAGCCAGAGUGCCCAUCAUCAUUCUCCUCUGCUGACAGCCUGUGCCGGAAACUGGAGGACCUGCAGCAGUUUCAGAAAAGAGAGCCCGAGAAUGAGGAGGAGGUGGACAUCCUCAGCCUCGCAGAGCCAUUAAAGAUAAACAUCAAAAAAGAGCAGGAAGAGAAACAAGAAGAAGUGAAAUUCUACCUGCCACCAACCCCAGGGUCGGAAUUUAUUGGUGAUGUCACCCAGAAGAUCGGGAUCACCCUGCAACCCGUGGCGCUCCAUAGGAACGUGUACGCAUCUGUGGUGGAGGACAUGAUCCUGAAGGCUACGGAGCAGCUGGUGAGUGAUAUCCUGAGACAGGCUUUGGCAGUUGGAUACCAGACAGCUUCUCACAACAGGGCUCCCAAGGAAAUCACAGUGAGCAAUGUCCACCAAGCUAUUUGCAGUGUUCCCUUUCUGGACUUCCUCACAAACAAACACAUGGGAGUACUGAAUGAGGAUCAGUGAAUGGAACUGAGAUGCCCCUAGAAAGGCAGCAUGUGAAGGUGUAUCCGAAGCAAUGAGCUGUGAGGACUCUUCUGCUUGGGGCGGAGGUUUUCUGUGUGCCUGGGAGCAUCUUGGCUACCAAACCACUGCCUCUGCCUGAUUCAGUGUAACACCGGAGUGUCCUGUCCAGGUGAGAACCUUCUCGAACAGGAGUUUGUUUCCUGAUUCUGGAGUGUCGCUGUGAAUGGAUACUGCUUUUUCAGCUGCAUUUCUCCGCUGUCUGUGUGUAUUCCAUGAUGGGGCGCAGAGCUGGGCCAAGCCGUGUGUAGCAGGUCUUUCUCCUCUGGGUGUACUCAAGGGGCACUCUGGGUCUGACGCCCCAGGAGGUAGAAAAUGAGUCUGGCAGGCUAGACAAUCCACCCAUCCUGUGGCUGGGAUUACAGGAGCUCUAGCAGUUACCCUGAAGAAGGACUGGACUCGGCACUCGGUGAGUGGUUCUCUGCUCCCGCCUGGCCUUGGUGUGGAGGGUUUCCACUCUCAGCCCAAGUGAGUCAGCUGAGGAAGAGGUAAUGCCAUGCAAAGAACCACAAGGCCUGCGAGGUUGCACACAGAGCAGUCAUGCUGUCAGGAGCACAGGAGCAUCACAACCAGUAUCCAAGUGGUGGGAAGGGAUGGAGCACUCAGUCCCACGUAGGUCAAGCCAAGGUUCAACACAACCCAACUCUCAGUGUUAGUAGUAGGCAGCGCCCACAGGCCCAGACACGUGACAAGAUCAUGCCAGCUCUGGAUGUGCGUGUGGAGCAGGUGGCUGGGUCCAUGCCAUUUGCGUGGUCUGCAGGAGCAUCUGCUGCUGGCUGUGUGGCAAGUGGGGGCAGUCCCCAGGUGUCUCUGCUGUGAUCAGUUAUCCUGGCCAUGGAUUUGGUAUCCUGUUUUCUGUCAAGGAGUUUUUUCCCCAAGAAGAAAAGUGUUCAAAAGAAACACCUGUGAGUGCCUUAACGUUGGAGAAGUAGCUGUACAGGUGCAGAGACGGGGCUGCCCGUGCUCAUCAGAAGCAGGGAGAACACAUUGUCUAUCAACAGGACCCCUCAGUGGGAGGAAGCAGCAGACAAGAGAAGGAAGGUGAGCAGCACCACUGCAGGGACUCCGCCCCAACCCUGACACGGUCUGUGUGGAAGGUAAAAGAAAGAACUUAGUCUCAGAAGGUUGCUCUUACUCUGCUCCAAGAAAAUGUGAAACCUGUGAGUCAGGGUCAAAGAAACUUAUCCAAGCAACAUAGUUCCUGUUUUCAUGGGCCCCAUAGAUGUUUGAGUCAGGAAAAUAAGGCAAGAAAGUGACUGGAUAAAAUCUGCCUUUUACUUUGAGCAUCUGAGGGCUGCAGAUGCAGAAGGAAUAUUUUCAGCAGGGCACAGGGCAUUCACUGGCUUCAUAAUAAAUAGUUCAGCGGUAAAGCCCAGAUGUUUUAUAUCUGUGUACUGCUGCAGACAGCACUGACAGGCAAGUAUGUGGAUUCCUUCAGAAAGUGUACUGACAGAUCUGCAGGACAGGGGAUUUAAUCCAAAUGAGAACUGACUCAUUUAUUACAAGUACGAAAGCCGAAAGAAAUUAUCUUUUUGAAAAAAAAUUAAAUGAUUUAACAGUCUCUGUGUGUGCUAAUGUUUCAGAUGUAUUUGUACUACCACGAUGUGUAACAUAAUUGUGUAAGAAAAAUGUCUACAAUAAAUCUUUUAGUAUUUGUGAUGAGUUUUUCUGAGUUUGAAG